AUGAAACAAAUCUACUCGAAACCUCCAACGUUUUUGAAUAUACGUCUGUACCAAUUACGGAGGGUACCACACCCAUCUCUGGUCCUGACGUUUUUCCUGAUGCACCUACAACUAUUUGGCAGGCCCUGUUCUGUGAUGACAAGCAAUUGCAGAUGCAAAAGUUCUACAAAGAACAUUAUGGCCCUGUAUGGGAAACUGCAAGAAGGAGAGAACAAGAAUGGAAAGCAAUACAUUCAGCGAGAACAGCGAACGGUAAUGCGAACAAUAAUCAUAAAUAACAAUAACUCUAAGCAAUACGUUUUUACCAUUUGA